AUGGCUGCAGAGCCAGAACGCCUCGAGGAAACACUCGUGGUCCUUGGCGCCGGGGCUCAGGAGCGCGAAACAAACCCGCCCGCUUACGAAUUGCGUCCGUUUGCGAUAGACACCUAUGAGCCAGCAGGAGAGGAGAGGCUGAGCAGUCAUCCCCAAACAGCGUUCCGUCUCCGCCAGAUUGAGUUUCUCGAGAGCUGGGCGACGACAAACGCGUUGAUGCCAAAAAUGGAAGCUGGAAACACGGUCCAGGGUGAGGCUUGCAGGAUCCCAUGA